CGGGAAAACAAGGAAGUUGACUCUUCACUAAUGCAAACACCAUAUGCCAGUCCUGCGGCAGUAGAUAGACACAGAGGAAGGGUAACACUUUUCUCCACUGCUGUUUCUCGUAAUGAUGCCAGCUAGGAGCAAUGUAUUGGGUGGUGGAGUGUCAAACAACAAAGUCAAGUAUUCAAGGCUGGCUGCUGACGAUGACGGUUACAUAGACUUGCAGUUCAAGAAAAGUCCACCCAAAGUCCCGUACAAGGCGAUUGCCCUGGCAACGUUCCUUUUUUUGAUUGGCUCCCUACUGAUCAUUAUCGGGGCUCUUCUUCUGGCAGGAUCCAUAAAGGUUGAGCAUCCCGACCGCACAAUUCCUGUCCUCAUCAUUGGGAUACUCGUCUUCCUUCCCGGAUUCUACCAUCUGAGAAUCGCCUACUAUGCUUCCAAGGGUUAUCGGGGUUACUCCUAUGACGACAUCCCUGAUUUUGGUGACUGAGCCAAUCGAAUAAGCGCCAAAUGAAUGAGCAUAUCAGAGUAUUUCACUGUGUACCUUGAGAGACUGUUACCUGCCGUUUACCUGGAAUUUCUAGUGUACCAAUGAAGUGCAUUACAAAGUGACUGAACUUGAAAUGACUGUUGGUUUAUUGCUGAUCGUAUCUGCUCUACAGUGGAUCUCUGUCUUUUGCCACAGGUGCACCAUAUGCAGCUUUUUUAACUUCUACAGUUUUUACUCUCUCGUUUAAUCUCUGCUUUGCUGUAUCUCAGUGCUUAUCCUCCACUGAAACGCCUGAAGACGUUUAGAGGUGUGAAAUAUUCAAUUCUUUGUUGACAGCGAGCCAAUCAGAUAAUGAGCAAAAGAUGUCAGGCCAGCUGCUCACCUGCAACAAUGGAGCUCCAUUAUUAUUGCUCCAAACGUUUUCCUUCAAAGGUUUACUCUCGUGCGAUAGUGUCACUAAGUGCUCUUUGCACAGUAGCAUCUUUAAACAUAUUCAUGAAUGUCAGUAUACCACAAAGUAUAUAUGCUUAUAUACAAAGCUUGGCUAUAUUUCUUCCAAAGGAUUAUCUUUGCAGUGCUAUCCAAAGAUUGGUUACUUUGUCUAAGUAUAAUAUAUUCUGAAUGAAUGUCUUACUUUUUUUUUUUUUUUUUUUAGUUUAUAUACGCUGCUGUAUGUAGUAUUGAUGUAUGUGCAUGUUUCAUGGUUUUGGAAUAGGCUGUCAAAGAAAGCUGUAUUUUUGUCAUUCAUGCUUUGUUUUUAUUGAGAGACAUUGAGACAUAAAAUAAAAUGAUUGAUAGAAA